CUCUUCUUCUGACCAUUACUACAGACAGUUCAUAAUCACAUUCUUAGAACACGACGCCGGACAGUCUUCUGCGUCGCAAAAGGUCUCGACAACAAAAAAUCAACAAGCAAACGUCAUACGUGAGCUCUCCACAGUCAGGACACGAAAUCAACAGCAGAUCGUCCACAUCUGCACUGCAUACUGCGCAUCGCACGGCCCUGUACAUAUCACUGCGGUGUGCCCCACAGAUUGAAGCCACUGUCUUGACAUGAGAAGUCCCGGCCCGUCUCUGAUUCUACUGGCUGCCCUGCCCUUGGCAUCAGCAACUCAUCUCAGUAGCAAACUCCAGGACAAGGUGUAUGAUGUUAUGGAAAACAUUUCUACCCAUAGUUGGGAAAUCGGUACCAAAGCGCAGGCUAUCCUUGAGAGCAAAUAUCCCAGCUACUCCGUCUUUGCCUCAACAUCUCCCAUUCCUCUUCCGGAUGACUUUGACGACGAUGACAUUGAGGACGUCGUUGCUGUGGCUGAAUACACUAUGAAUAAUCGCCCCCCAAGCAACACUUCUGCUUCGGCUCACGGUGGUAGCACCCUGCUUGACGACGAGGCUGCUGGCGACCCCGCGAGUUUGGGUGUGACCAUACUCCUGGCCAAUGCAAGCACCGACAAUGCACAAGUUAAUGGAGUCAGUUACGGUGAUGCAGCGAGGGAAGAGCUCAAUUACCUCCUGUAUGACGUCCCUAGGACGUCUUCUGGAGCUAUCUCUCACCGAGCAGAUCAAGCACAACUGUGGGCAGACAGUGUUUACAUGGUUCCGCCUUUUCUUGCAUACUACGGUGCCCUAAAUAAUAAUCAAACACUCCUUCAACAGGCGUAUCAGCAGUGCAAGCUUUAUCGAGACGCUCUUCGCCAAUCUAAUGGGUUAUGGAUUCACAUCACCGGCGGUAAUGGAACUUCAGAUCCCAAUCUUUGGGCAACUGGUAAUGGUUGGGCUGCGGCGGGAAUGUUGAGGGUUUGGGCAACCAUAAACUGGUCGACCUUUUCGGAUCAAUUGGACAGCCAGUUGAGUGAUUUGGAAUCAUGGGUGAGGGAAAUCCUUGACGCGUCCAAGCCUUACAUUACGGGCAACGGCAUCUUCUACAACUACAUCAACGAUACUUCUUCAUUUGAAGACGCUUCUUCAGCAGCCCUCAUGUCUCAUGUCGGUCUUCGUUUAUCAACUCUCGGCAUCACCAAUGACUACGUCGACAUGGCACUCGGUCUCCUUUCCGCCGCAUCAUCCUACGUAAACUCCACUGGAUACCUUACACAAGUCGUCAACCCUCUCGAUUUCUCUGAGCAAGGUGAAGAAUCUCCUGAAGGACAGAGUUUCCUCGUGAUGGCAUACGCGGCACAUACAGACUGGGAUGACGCUGGACGAGCAGGGCAUACGAAGGAUGAUGGGUUGGGAUCAAAAAGUGGAGCUUCACCACAAAUUGGCGGGCUGGGAAGUGCGAUGGUCGUUGCGAUUGGGCUACUUGCUAUGCUUGUGACAUUAUAAUGUCCUUAAAAAUUGGUCCUCGUUAGUCUAGAAACGCUAGACAUGCUUAUAUUAGAUUCACAAAUCUCUUUUUGGUAACAACCUAAGAGUUAUAGUUAACACAUGUAUAUUUUGGCUGGCCGGCAGUCUUUUGACAGCUUUGAAAAGGCACGGGGAGGUGACGAUAAAUUCGGAAGAAGGGAGCAGGUAGGCGACAGGGAGAGGGUCAGACUGUAUGCUUCGAAUAUUCAGAACAAGAUUACUAGAGUGAGCUGGGCCGAAGAUAUGGAGCCAUCUAUCGAAAAGGGUGGGUUUACAUCCACGCUUUGGCUGAACGGAGUGUUCGCACCUUGUAGAAGGUCUUGUCAUGAUGGGAGUUUCUCCUCCAAUGGAAGGUCGGCUGGAUUCGUCAUUUGAGUCUUGUAUGCAUUAUCGGCCACGAUCUGAAAAGCUAACUCAAUCCGAACGGUUUUCCUGACCUACUGGCGAUUCGCGGCAUCUUUGGGAAGGCAGAUCCUUACUACAUGGCGUCUUUCAUAUUAUCAGUCCAAGAAGCAAGAAUCUCCAUUCUUUAAAUUGA